GGGGAAUUUAAUAAGACAACAAAAUGCCAAAAUCUAAAGGGACUAAUUCAGAGAAUGAUGCUGAGCUGAUGCAUCCAUUGAACACGGAUGUCAUCAUAGAACAAGAAAUUCUUGACCAUGAAAGGCCAGCAUGGGGAAGUAAAUUUCAGUAUUUUGGAAUGGUUAUUUCUACUGCUGUGGGACUUGGCAACGUUUGGAGAUUUCCUUAUUUGUGUCAGCAGCAUGGAGGAGGUGCUUUUCUUAUUCCCUACCUCAUCAUGUUGUUUGUGGAAGGAAUGCCUUUACUUUAUCUGGAAUUCGCUGCAGGACAACAUUUCCGCAAGGGGAGUAUGGGGACAUGGAACUUGGUCCACCCCAUGCUGGGAGGGGUGGGGGUGGCCAGUGCUGUCACUUCCUUCAUUGUGGGGGUGUAUUACAAUGCCAUAAUCAUGUGGUGCCUUUUUUAUCUGGUGCAUUCCUUUACUGGGACAUUGCCAUGGUCUUCAUGUCCUACGGAACCUAAGGGUAAUAUAACAGUACCAGUUCUAGAGUGUGAUGUUAGUGGACCCACGUCUUAUUUUUGGUAUCGUAAUGCUCUAGAGAUUUCCCCAAGCAUUGAGGAGACCCAGGGACUUAAAUGGAAGAUGCUUCUUUGUCUGAUUUUUGCGUGGUGUGUGGUGUAUGCUUGUAUUUGGAAAGGAAUCAAAUCUUCUGGAAAGGUUGUUUAUGUAACAGCUUCCUUCCCCUACAUUGUGCUGUUCAUCUUUCUUGGUCGUGGAGUCACGCUAAGGGGUGCUGGGGCUGGUCUUGCCCACAUGUUUACUCCCAGGCUUGACCGUUUGGAGGAUCCACAAGUCUGGUUGGACGCAGCCACUCAGAUCUUCUAUUCGUUUGGGCUGGGCUUUGGAGGCAUGAUUGGUUUCUCCAGUUACAACCCAAAGAAAAACAACUGUGAAAAGGACGCCAUUAUAGUGUCCAUUGUAAACUGGUUCACCGCCAUUCUGGCUUCGGUGGUCAUCUUCUCGGUGCUGGGGUUCAAGGCCACUGUGAUGUACGACAAAUGUGUUUUUAGAAACAUAGAGGCCAUCUCUAACUUCUACCCACAAUGGAACACUACAACAUUGACUGAAGAUAUCUACAUCCAGGAAUUCCAGGCUAAUAAAACAGUGAUGUCCGCUUUAAAUCUGACAAAAUGUAGUCUCAGUGACGAUCUUGAUAAUGCUGCUCAAGGAACAGGCUUGGCCUUCAUUGUAUUUACUGAGGCUAUCAAUGAGUUUGGGUCGUCUGCUCCUUUCUGGUCCAUCAUCUUCUUCCUUAUGCUUCUCUCCCUUGGAUUUGGCAGUGAAUUUGGUACACUAGAGGGUGUUACUGCAUCUCUGUAUGAUUUAAAACAUCCAAUUUUCAGGAAGAAAUGGUUGGUUUCUGGGACAUUAUGCCUUGUCAGUAUGAUGAUUGGGGUGUUGUUUGUUUUGGGGAGCGGAUCCUAUUGGGUGGGAUUGUUUGACUCCUUUGGUGGAUCCUUCCCCCUGAUCACUGUAGCUCUGGUGGAAAGCUUUGGAAUUGGCUGGGUGUACGGAGUGGACAAUUUUGCCCGAGAUAUUAAGGAGAUGAUCGGACAUGAACCACACCGCUACUGGAAGAUCAUGUGGAAGUUUAUUGCUCCACUUUUCAUCGCAUUCCUGUUAGCAGCCACACUAAUCAGCAAAUUUAUAAAACCCAUCACUUACGAUGUCUACAGUUAUACAAAGUAUAUCAUGGUUCCUGAGACGUACCCCUGGUGGGGAGGAGCUACGGCUGCUCUACUAGUCCUUUCCUCGGUUCUAUGCAUUCCAGGGGUGGCUCUCGCCAGAAAACUGGGAUUCUUUAAGUUUGAAGGACCUACCUCAAAGAACAUAAUUAUAGAAACAGGUGGCCAUACCCAGUCCACCGCAGCAUUCUUAAAAUCUGAUAAUGACUCGGGUCAUAAUUCUGACGAGAUAAAUGACGAGUAUGUUACUCGGGAUCGAGAUACGAGUUGUGCCAUACCAGAAAGACCUGAGAAAGUCAACUUCGAUGACAUUUUAGAAAAGGCAGAGAGUAAACUAUGAAGAGUGCUGUUAGUUCGUAAGUUUGGGGGUUUUCUUUAAUGCAUUUAAAGAGAUUUUUUUGUUUACUUCUGGUUAUUUAUCCAAAGAGUGUUUGCUUGCUGAAUUUUUUCCCAUAAGAUCAUUGUUAGAGACUGAAUGGGUAAAUCAAUAGAUAACUCUCUAAAAGUGGAUACACAUGGUAGAAAGUGGGUUUUUUUUAGUAUAAGCUUAUUUUUAGCAGAAAAUCAUGCUUGUUUUUGUGUGAGGUUCAAGUUAUUGUUAUCAUUUUCUUAUCAUGAAACACAAAUUAUAUGAAAGUGGACAUGAACA